AUGCGCCGCGUGCGGCUUUUCAACUUCAGUAUACAAGAAGCGCUCUAUUCGCAGCUUCCACAGCACCUGCCCGACCAAGACGCCGAACGACAGCCUGAACCAGAGCAAGGGCAGGAACAGGAGCCGGAGCAGGAGCAGGAGCAGGAGCAGGAGCAGGAGCAGGAGGAGGAGGAGGAGGAGGAGGAGGAGGAGGAGGAGGAGGAGGAGGAGGAGGAGGAGGAGGAGCAGGAGCAUGAAGCAGAUCGGCGAAGAUCGCAACCACUGACGCCUUCCUUCGCAGCAACGGCGGUAUCACCAGCUUCCCUACCGCCAUCGCCAAACGACUUCUGGUGCGACAGCCGCCAGAAAUAG